UCAACAAUUGCGCAGCAACAGAAACAAGCAACACUAUCUAUCUUCAUCCUCACUGUCCAGUGUUGCAUUCAACCACCUGAACUGCCCACUUGCUACGAUUAACUUCUGACUUGACCUCGGUCGCCCCUCAAGUCACACGUCUAUAGAGUCUCUGAACGAACCUCGCUCGUAUCACCUACCCACCUCUCGCGCCCAGCAAAACAACCCCUCGAAUUCCCUCGCCAUGGGUGAAUCCAGACAAGAACUACUGGCCUGGCUGAAUGGUCUGCUUCAACUCAACAUCACAAAAGUUGAACAAUGUGGCACGGGGUAUGUUGUUGACCAAAGGCAACUCUCACACAUCUACGAGGGCCACCACUAAUUGCCGCCUGAUUCUUGAAAGUGCUGCCUUUUGUCAAUUGUUCGACUCGAUCUUUAUGGACCUGCCAAUGGGCCGAGUAAAGUUCAAUGUCAACACGGAAUAUGCCUACAUACAAAACUUCAAGGUAUUACAGAACUGCUUCACGAGACACGGAAUCGAUCGCACCGUACCCGUCGAACAGCUUAUCAAGUGCAAGAUGCAAGACAACCUUGAAUUCUUACAAUGGUCAAAGAGAUUUUGGGACCAAUACUUUCCGGGACAUGACUACGAUGCGGUGGCUCGAAGGAAGGCCUCCGGCACCGCAGGUGCUGCUCCCGCUGCUGUUGCCCCUGCUGCUUCCUCGCGGGUGAGCACGGGCGCGAGUACCACGAGAAAGACCGGCGCGACCCCCAUCAACAGAGCCGGCCCACGCGCUCUCAGUGCGGCCGGUGGCUCAUCGGCGGCGCUGAAACAAGAAAACGACCAACUCAAGGAAGCUAUCGGCGGUCUCGAGAAAGAACGGGAUUUCUAUUUUAGCAAACUUCGCGACAUUGAACUCCUCCUCCAGACGGCCGUCGAGCAAGACCCGAGCCUGGAGGCCGACGAAAAUGGUCUGAUCAAACAGAUCCAGACCAUUCUCUAUAGCACAGAGGAAGGGUUCGAGAUUCCUGACCUAGAAGCCAACGGGGCAGAAGAGCCGGAGACUUUUUAAAGUGACGGUGACGGUGACGGUGACGGUAGCACAGCGGUUAGAGCAGGGUCAGGAAUGAAAUCUCACGAACAUUGAUGCAAAAAGAAAAAGGAAAGAAAUCCGACGGCGACCGGGGGAGCUGCGCCUUUCUUGUCUUCUCAGCGGGCACACACAUACGUAUUGUAUACGUUCUGGGAAGUAGUGAGAAAGACGGGAGAAACAAAGAACCAGAAUCCUUGCAGGGAGGCGAAUCAAAACAAAAUGGCUUUUUUGGAAGCGGGCAGACUUUUGUUGUAGUAUGCAUUACACCAGGAUGGAUCUUCUACACUACUUGACCAAGGGGUGGUGGUAGUCAGAAAGCAGAAGCGAGAAGAGGCGACAGGUUGGCAUGCUGCAAUGCAGCCAGUAAUCAUUUUCUCUUUUUCCUUAGAGCAGGAAAAGAGACAUGAGAUGAUACCCUAUGAUGCUUCCUAUGGUAGAGGCUUUUGUUUUGGUCAUUCUCUCUCUUCUAUUUCUCUUU